UUUUCAGAUCUAUACCUCUUCUUCUUCGUCUCCGAUUCGGUUCCUCGAGAUCCAGGGACCAUGCGGAGCUCCAUCGCCGCCUACAAGGAGAGCCUCUCACGGAUCGCCAACGAGGUCCUCGACGCCGCCGACGAGCUCCAGCCCCCACUGUACCGAACCUCUUCCGCCGACGGCGCCGUCAACGCUGAUCGCCGUGCUUCUCGGAGGUUGUCCCACUCGAGAUCUCCGACCACGUCUCCGAUCCCCAAUGGUACCGGCUACGCCUCCCUUGAUGAGAUAGCCCAAUACAAGGCAGACAUCCAGAAGCUUCAGGCAUCUGAGGCAGAGAUAAAAGCGCUAUCAUUUAAUUAUGCAUCUAUGUUGAAGGAAAAAGAGGAACAACUUAAUAGGUUACGGGAAGAAAACAAUUCACUUAGAAAAACGGCGGAGGAAAAGAAUGUUGGUGGGUCUAUAAUAAGAGAUGGUGGUCCACGAUCAAUAUCAAAUAACUUUAGCAUGGUCAAGGGGAGGACAGACAUGUCACCCGGUGGUCUCCACAGAAAUCCAAACCAAGUGAAUUUGCGGUCCACUGGAACCCCCAAAGGAAGUUUCUCUAAGCAAGAUAGUUUUAUUAAUGGUAGCAUGCAACCAACUCAAUUCAAUGCAUUUCAAAAGAUUGACCAAAGAAUUGUGAAUGCACAGGGAAUUGAGGAGGAGCUUUCAUUGCAUGAAGGAAAUAAUAGAUCUUUGAUGACUUCAAGAGAUGACAUCAAGUAUGAGAUUGAAGAAUUAAAAGCACAACUAGUCAAAGAGCGUGAGGAUUUUAAAAAUGUGAAGGUUAAAUUACAAGAGGAACAUCAGUUGAAUGAAUCCUUCCGGAAGGAACUAUAUGGUUUGAAGAUGGAUAAGGAGAAAGCCUCUGCUGAAGUGAGUGGAUUGCAGAAGGAACUAAAUGAGAAUAUCUCAAAACUUACAUACCUGCAGAUGGAAUUGGAUAGAAGAAGUACAGAUAAAGUAACACAUGAAACUAUAGAAAGUUUGAAAACCAUGAUUGCAAAGUUGGAGAAGGAGAAUGCUGCACUGAAGGUAGAGAAGGAUGAAAUGAAUGAAAACUUGGAACAGCUGAAGAGGAGCAUGCAAGAGAAAGCUGAUGCUUGUAAUUCAGAUCCUCUAAAUUCACAAAAAUUGAAUGAGGUAACUUUAAAUGCAAAAGAGGAGAUGGAAUUAAUGAUACAACAGCUGGAGAAAUCAUUGAACAAAGCAUGCAGAGAGAGGGACAAAGCUUCACAAGAAUUAGCCCGUCUGAAGCAGCACAUGUUGGAACAGGAAAUUGAAGAAUCAAAUAAGAUGGAUGAGGAUAACAAAAUCAUUGAGGAGCUUAGGUCUAACUCUGAGUAUCAAAGAACUCAGAUAUUGCAACUGGAGAAGGCUCUGAAGCAGGAAAUGGCAAAAAGGGGGGAGAUCAAUAGAUCGAAGAGUGAAGAACUUCACAAGCUAAAUGAACUGAUUCAUGCUCUGAAAGAAAAGGUUGCAACAUGCAUGAGCACAAUUGAUGCUAAAAAUGUUGAGCUGCUGAAUCUGCAAACUGCCCUGGGCCAAUAUUAUGCUGAAACUGAAGCCAAGGAAAGGCUAGGUAGAGAUCUAGCUUCAACGAGAGAAGAAUUGGAUAAACUUUCACAAACGCUGAAGGUUGCAAAUGAAAAGAUGGAAAUAUUGGGAAAAGAGAAGGCUGACAUCAAUUCUAGACUAUCACAAACUGAAAGGCUGUUAUCUGAGAGCAAAUAUUCCAUAACAAAGCUUGAGGAAGAAAAUUCAAGACUACGACGAGCUUUGGAGAAGAGUAUGACUACACUGAAUAGGAUGUCAUUGGACUCAGACAACUAUGUUGACAGGCGCAUAGUUAUCAAGUUGCUAGUGACUUAUUUCCAGAGAAAUCACAGUAAAGAGGUUUUGGAUCUUAUGGUUCGCAUGCUGGGCUUCUCUGAAGAAGAAAAGCAAAGAAUAGGUUUGGCUCAGCAAGUUGCUGGCAAGGGUGUUGUUCGAGGUGUUUUGGGACUUCCAGGUCGUCUUGUUGGAGGAAUCAUAGGCGGAAGCUCUCAUGCGACGCCUUCUGGAGCAUCUUCUGAUAACCAGUCUUUCGCAGACCUGUGGGUGGACUUUCUUCUCAAGGAAAAUGAAGAAAGGGAGAGAAGGGAAUCUGCCGAUGCCGCCAGAGCAGCAUCAACCGCACAGAGCCCGACAAAGUCGACACCGGUUCCCAACCAUAGAACUCACCCACCACCUUUUCAAACUUCCAGUUACCCAUCUGUGCAUUCUUCAGGUAGCCGGUUCACAACUCUUCCUGCAAACCCAAACAGGACGUCUGAGCAACCUGAAAGUGAAUUUGCAACAGUGCCUUUAAAUACAUCAGUUUCCCCACUGUCAGAUUACAGCUCUAAGUUUUCAAGGCAGCAGCUUCCAAGGUAUUGAAAUGAUGAUGUGGUUGAGGUUAAUUGAAAGAGAGAUUUGUGUGUGCAGAGAUAUUAUUUUUUGUUGUAUUACUGCCAUAUCCAUAUGUUCAUAAAUCAAAGUGCAUCGAUUAUUUCUUUUUCUUGCUCA